GCGACGCACAGCCCCCCCCGACCGCGCCGAUUGUUUCCGAUUGUUGCCGUGGCUGAAAGAAGAGAGAGGCGAAGCGCACCGAGCAGCACUGGACCGGGAGCGGAGCGCAGAAAGGGGGCAAAAGGAGGAGAAAAAGGGCCGCUGAGCACGAGCCACACCCGACCACAGAGCACGAGGCGUCGGCGGGAGUCUCAGCUGGAGGACACCCCACCCAUGUUGUUCCUGCUUGACGAGGAUGAGUGACGGACAGGACGGCGUUCAGAUCGGGGAGAACAAGUUCAUCAGCAAGAACACUUUGCUCUCGCACCUGAAGACGUACAACCUGUACUAUGAGGGCCAGAAUCUGCAGCUCAGGCACAGGGAGGAAGAAGGCGAGCUCAUCGUAGAGGGGCUGCUCAACAUCUCGUGGGGUUUGCGGAGACCCAUCAGGCUCCAGAUGCAGGACGACAACGAGCGGAUCCGGCCGCCCCCUUCCUCCACGUCCUGGCACUCCGGCUGCAACCUGGACACGCAGAGCAAGGAGGGCUCCGCGCAGAAGGCACCUUCCAUCGAGGUGACGGUGUGCGACGAGGCGUCGCAGGACCCGGCGGCGAAGGACGAGGGCGACGCAGGAGACGACGGCGAGGCUUCGUCGCAGCUCCUGAGAACAAAGAGCGACGCGGGGGUGCUGCGGCGAGGUGCCCGACGGUCACCGAGCGACCAGAGGAAAAUCAGACGGCAUCGAUUCUCCAUCAACGGCCACUACUACAACCACAAGACGGCCGUGUUCACGCCCGCGUACGGUUCCGUCACCAACGUGCGCAUCAACAGCUGCAUGACGACGCCUCAGGUGCUGCGCGUGCUGCUCAACAAGUUCAAGAUCGAGAACAGCCCCGACGACUUCGCCCUCUACCUCGUCCGCACCAGCGGCGAGCGCGUGCAGCUCAAGCGCACAGACUACCCCCUGGCCGUGCGGGUGCUGGAGGGGCCCUGUGAGCAGGUCAGCCGCGUCUUCCUCAUGGAGCAGGACCUGGGGGAGGAGGUCACCUACGACGUGGCGCAGUACAUCAAGUUCGAGAUGCCCGUGCUGCAAAGCUUCAUCACCAAGCUGAAAGAGGAGGAGGACAGGGAGGUGCAGAAGCUCAGGACCAGGUACACGGCUCUGCGUUGCAUCAUCGAGAAGCAGCUGCAGUGCGUGCCCGAGGGUACCGCCUGUAUGUGAGCGCGAUCGGCUCCCCGGAACACCGAGGCGCCCGACCCCUUCGUUGCCAGCGACUCCUCUUCCUCCUCUUCGCCUCCAUGUCUGUCUGCUGGCUCCUCUCUCACAAAACAAGCCGGCGAGCCCAUCCCCCAGCCCUCGCAUUCGCUGAACGUCUGCCUGCAACCUGCAGUGAGCCACAAUAUAGCAAUAAUGAUGAUGAUGAUGAUGAGGGUGGUGGUGGUGGUGCCCGUCACGAUGACGGUGAUGGGAAGUUUAACCGAAAGCACUUUUCCCGAGGACUUUGUGCGCGCCGUCUUCGCGCGACCCGCACGUUCAUCCUCGUGUCCCGCCCCGCCGCGAAGCAGGACUUCGGCCCCGUCCGCCGAAACCCUUCGGGGUGACUUAAGCCCCUCCGUCCAGGGACCGAAGCAGCGCUUGCGGGAAGCGGCCGCUCCGCUCCGCCGCGAUCUCGGUCGUAGAGCGACGGUGACGACGAAGACGAAGGCUGCUCGAGCGCCAAGUCGAAACUAAAAGCACAGCUCCUCCAGCGUUUCGAAGCUCUCCCUGCAUGCGACGGAUGCGCGAUGGCGUUUUUUUAAAGCAAGUGAUGGCGCACGUGUCCGCUCUGACUGCAGCAGCUCAGGGGAUCAAGACUUUAGGGUUACAUGGAUGUAUGAGACUGCUGAUGACUGUCAGACUGAGGUCAAGGUGCAGCUUCCCACUACGUGUGUGUGUGUGUGUGUGUGUGUGUGUGUGUGUGUGUGUGUGCGCGCGUCUGGUGUUCUGCAGUUCGUCUGGAUGUUGCCCCUUUAUGUCCUUCUGGCUAAUUGUACUGCGGGUUAUUCUGCAGGUCAUAGAGAGCAUAGUUUUUGUACUCUGAUGCAGCAAAGGAAUCGGCUCUGAAGGUGUUUUCUAAUUUUAAUGCAAAUUUCGAUCAUUGUGACUUUGAUGAUCAUUAUGAUGUAAUAAAAACAUGACCU